GCAACUGCGUAGGCUAGAGGGUAAAGGUCAGGACAGGUAUUGUGUGUAUGUGUGUAUGACAGAGAGAGAGAUGGCUGCAGUACGGAAAGUUGCCGGGCAGAUAAAAACGUCUCCGUGAGGCAAAGGGAGGCGAGAUGGUGCGUCCUUCGCGCUGCGGCUGAUCCGCCUUUGAAACUGCCUCAGCCGACGGGUCUCCGCUCCGCUCCUCUCGCGUCUCCCCCCUCCGUCCGGACCAAUGAGCGUCGCGUACGACCUGCUGUGGCGUUUGCUGCACGUCCUCUUCAGCGUCCAGCGCGCGCUGGUCGCCUGGAGCCGCGGAUGGUUCGGAGGUCAGGGUUCGUGGCUCAGCCGUUGGCGGCAGCGCGCGGCGACGACUGCCACCGCCGCCUCGCGGGCCCUCUUAGCCCCGGCGGCGGCCGCCAACCCUUUCGCCUUUCACAAGCCGGCGGCGGUAGGGCGGAAAGUGGUGGGCGCCGGAGGCCGUUGGCGGAGGGAUGCCAAAUCUCUGCAGAAGCUGCCGGGCCACUUGGGGUUGGUGGUGACCGAGGAGGAGCAGAGCUACGCCGAUGUGGCCAGCUUGGUGGUGUGGUGCAUGGCGGUGGGCAUCUCCUACGUCAGCGUCUACGACCACGACGGUAUUUUCAAAAGAAAUAAUUCAAGACUGAUGGAUGAAAUUUUAAAACAGCAGCAGGAAUUGUUGAAUCUUGACUGUUCCAAAUAUACAGUGAAAUUUGCAAAUCAAGAGAAAACAGAUCAAGUUUUAAAUUGCCAAUCUGUUCUGAAUGUGCUGUCCUCAGAGGAUGGAAAAACCGAUAUUGUAAAAGCAGCUCAGAAAUUUUGCAACUUAGUAGCACAAAAGCAAAAGAAAUGCACAGAUCUGGAUAUGAACAUCUUGGAGGAUUUAUUAAGUAGUACUAACGGCUUUCCCGAUCCUGACCUAAUAUUAAAGUUUGGUCCUGUGGACAGUAUCUUGGGAUUUCUUCCCUGGCAAGUCAGAUUGACAGAGAUUGUUUCUUUGCCUUCACAUGUGAAUGUCAGCUAUGAUGAAUUCUUCUCUGCCCUUUGUUACUAUGCAUCCUGUGAUCAGCGUGUUGGAAAAUGAUUUAUUGCAGAAUUCUAUCAGGAUUUCUUUGAAAAGGACCCAAGGAAAUGGCAUUUUAAUGAAGACAGGUUUUGGAACAUAUUCUACAGGAAAUAAUGAAAACUAUGACAUGGUGUAUGUACAUUAAUUGAAGGACCUAAAGAGAACUGACGUCUAAAUAUCAGAGCUAUGAGCUUAGCAAAACAAGUCUAGUGCAAAUUAUGAGAAAUAAAAUAGCAAAUUAAGAUUCUUUUCCACUUUUCUACUUGAUAGUUUUUUUGAAUCUUCAGAUGCCAAAGAAUAGUUUGAAGAACCACCUGCAUUUUGUCCACCCUUCUGACAUUCUUUGACAACAGACUACUGUAUGUACCAAGCUCAGUAGAAAAUAUGAAGUUAGAUG